UAUAUAUAUAUUAUGUGCACACCAACGCAAUAUCAUACACACACACACACACACCCUAUGCAACUGACACUCAUCAAACUCUAUCACUCAAUAGUUUGCCGGUAAUGGCUGAAUCAAUUUUUUUUUAUUAUUGGGUAUGACGAGAUUAAAGUAAUCUUUAAAAAUAUAUAUUUUCAGAGCUGUUUGCUAGUGAGGAAUGCGACCAAUAACCGUUGAUUAUAAUUUUACAAUAACUCAGCAUAUUGUGACGAUCGUGAAAAAUUGUUUUAAUGCACCGUGUGUUGCAUCUUAAAAGUCUACUGAAAGUGACUAAAUUUUUCACCUCUGAACGGUAUCUUUCGAAAAAGUCGCAAUUUGUUUGCAUACAUUCAACAGAAAGAUACAAGUACUCUGGAUUGUGAACAAGUGAAUUUUUAUUGAUGCUACAAUGUUAUGGAUUAUCGGCACUAAAAAUGGAUUCUGAGAAAUCGCCGGGACAACACUGUUGAGACACCACUUGAUAUAAUAUUGUAAAAUGAUAAAAAAGUUGUGACGUUCAAUUGUAAUAAAUUUACAACUGGCUUUAAUAACUACAUGUUAAUCUAACAUGUAGUUUACCAAGCACAUGACAGCUGCUGUUAUAUGCUGCAGAUAUUAGUAUAUUGCAAUGCAUAUGUCUACGAAGAGAUGUUUGGUAUCGAUAGGUUAUAUAUGAUGAUGCGACUGAAUUUCAAGACAAUCUUAUUUGUAUUGAUUGUCGCUACGUUGAGCUCUUUACUUACAUCAUGGAAUAAUUGUGGAGGCAGUUUAUUAUUUCAUGCCUCAGACUGGAGAACAAAGUAUCAACAUAAGGAUCGUUUGAGCACGGAAUCAGGAUAUCAAGAGAUAGAUUGCCACAUCAAUGGCGAUUACUCAAUAGGAUGUCGCAAGGAGGGUGAUGAAGUAUAUAUACCAUUUUCAUUCAUCCACAAAUACUUUGAAAUUUAUGGAAAAUUAGCUACUUACGACGGCCUAGAGAGAUUCGAAUGGUUGCAUAGUUAUUCGAAAAUCGUAAGUCCUAAGGGAAAGUAUGAUUCCCGAGGUGUAUUUAUGACUUUCGAGAAUUACAAUGUCGAAGUCAGGGACAGAGUUAAGUGUAUCAGCGGCGCCGACGGCGUUCCGAUCUCGACGCAAUGGGAGAGCCAAGGAUAUUAUUACCCCACGCAAAUUGCUCAAUUUGGAUUAUCGCAUUAUAGUAAAAACCUAACAGAGCCGGAACCGCAUAGAAAGAUAAUCGAGGAUGCCGAUAAGAUCAAGCAGAACUGGAAUGUUUCUCAGGGCUCGCUCUUGGAUAGAGUGUACGACUCGCAGGCGAACAGUCACGUCUUGAAAUUUGCAACGCCGCAGACCAGCAUGUCCGGGAUCUCUUUGAGUCUGGAUCACGUUCUGGACUUUGUUUUGAAGUGGGAUUUCAAUGUGAAGAAUAAUGGCAGUGUCGUGGUUAUGCUGCAGUCAAGAGAGAAAAAGGAAAUGUAUUAUCUUUACUACUACGCUACCAGUAAUACAGUAUUGUAUAAUCAUGAUAAUCACGUGUAUUAUGGAAUUGGGCAAAUUAAUCACCAGUGGAGACGCCUCACUAGAGAUCUCGUAGUUGAUCUACAAAAAGGUCUUUAUUUGAACGACAAGAGUAGGAAGAAAAUACCCCGCUCCAAACUAAAGAUAGUUCAGAUUACUCUGUACGGUUCCGGUAUGAUCGACAAUAUGACAUUAUCAACUAGCGAACACAUGGAGCAAUUUUACGACGCGGCGAGGUGGUUCGUCGCUAAUCAGAAUGUCACCUCCGGAGGUUGGCCGAAUCCCGUCAGGAGGAAAGUGGCGUCUGGAAUGGCUAUUCUCGAGCCUGGAUGGUACUCCAGCAUGGGUCAGGGUCACGCGAUAUCGGUGUUGGCGCGCGCGUAUUACCAUUCCGGAGAGGCGAAAUACCUGCAGGCUGCCAUCAGAGGCUUGCGGCCUUUCAGAUUGUCCUCUGCCAAAGGAGGUGUGGCUGCAUUAUUCUUAGGCAAAUACAUUUGGUAUGAGGAGUAUCCCACGACACCCUCCUCUUUCAUACUCAACGGUUUUAUUUAUUCACUCAUUGGCCUCUAUGAUCUAAAGAGUAUAGCGAUGGGUAAGGACGCGGAGGAAGCGUCCAGACUCUUCAAUCAGGGUAUGACGUCGUUAAAGAAUAUGUUAACGUUGUUUGACACUGGCUCUGGUACGACGUACGAUUUACGUCAUUUUACGCUAAAAACGGCACCAAAUUUAGCCAGGUGGGAUUACCAUUCUACUCACAUCAAUCAACUACUUCUUCUCCAUUCUAUCGACAACGAUCCUAUUUUCAUCACGACCGCGGAGAGGUGGAUUGGUUACAUGAACGGCAAAAGAGCGGCGCAUAAUUAAUCGCGUAGUUAGACAAUAUUCCAUUCCCCAUAUUUCCUUUCUUUCUUUCUUUCUCUUCCCCCUUUAUUUAUUUCGAUCGUUUCUGUUCGUUCGUGUCUUGUAAAUUAAUCAUUGCCUGCAUAGAGGCAUAAGUAGCUUAAUUGUUCAUCCAGCAGACUGAAAAAAAUGUUUUCUUUUUAUAUAAUUUUUAUUUUGUAUCGACGCGAGAUUAUAUAAUCUUAGUCACGUGAUUGAAUGAGAGGAACAAUAUGCGCAAACAGUAUGAAAUAAAAAAAAAACUAAGAGACUAAUGAAAUAAUAUACUGUGUUAAUAUAUUGUUAUAGUUACAGGAAGAACGAAGAGUAACACAAUGCCUGUGUCCUUAACGUAUUUGUAAGAAAGAAGAUUUAUAGAAAAAAAAAAAA